AUGCCCAAGAAACCACCUGAGCACAACGACAAGCCUAAGACCAGUAGCAAGAGCCGCAAGCGCAUCCUUUUUAUCAUCUUCUUCUGUAUCACCUUCUCCCUCGCAGCUACCAUCUUCGCCCUGGGCACUCGUAAGUUCUACUGGUGGUACCAGACUACGCGACCUCUGAAACGUCAAAAUGACGUCCUCUUCUACACCAUAGAAUUCCUCGUCAUCAGUAUCCCGAUCUGCGCAUACCCAGGUAUGCUUGUCGCGACGGUGUAUUACUGGAGGAAGAAAAGCAAGUACGGAGAGUUCCAGAUCCAAAUGCGGAGGAACCGAGAUGGACGCGGCUACUGGAUCGACCCAAGCGACGUCGAGGAUAAGAAGAAAGAAGGCGAGGCGUCAAAGGUGAACAAGGAGAUUACGAGGAUGGCGGCGCAAAGAGGCGUCGAGGUGCUGAAGGAGAAAAGGACCAUCAAGUUCCAGGAUGAGUUACCUUUGCCGGCGAAGAUGCGUAGGAGUAUACUGUCAACAUUCAGUGGUACUACUGUUGCCGCUGCCGCACCACAGAUCGAAUCGUCAAUCACAACGCCCAAAUACUCCUCGGUCAAUCCUUACGGGUGGUUCCCGAACGCUGAGGAGCCGGCAGCGCCGCAGCGACAGUUCGGGCGAUCAGACUCGGUGAAGACGUGUGAGGAUAGUCCGGUCGUGAAGAAGGGAGUUACUGAUAUUUGGUUGAACAAUUUUGGUAAAAAGGCGUCCGGAGAAAAGACGGUCGGGAGGAAUACGUGGGAUGAGGAUGUGGAAAUGGGGACUUUGGGGAAGAAACCUUUAUAA